CGUUAUUUAUUGUCAUCCCAAAUUUGCCUUCGUUGGACGUCCCCAAGAUUUGAUUUACCGGAGUAGUGCAUCCAUUAGGAUGUAAACAUGAAUCGAAAUCACACUAAUGAUGCGAUUUAUCAUUAUUUUUAUUUUUUCCUUCUUAUUCUUAUCUAUAAUCUGCUGCUAGGCAGAUCUUCUCAGUUUCUGUCACAGUUGCUUCGAAGGAAUCAGUGUUAUUGCAAAUAGUAUUACGUGUGUUUCCUUUCAGUAACCAUCUGCUUUACUAUAGUGCAUUAUACGCUUAAUGAAAUUGUCGGUCUGCUUGUGAGUUUACGAGAAUGCGAGGAAGUUAGAAGAAUUAGAGAAGAAUUUGAGAAGAGUCGAGCUAUCAUUUGGGGAUAGAGUAAAUAAUUGUAUUAUUAUUCUUUUGAAUACAAAAUUAUUCUUUUGAAUACAGGAGAUAGGAAAAUAGUAAAUUUUAAAUGACAGUAAAUGAUUUUGGAUGACUUUAGAAUACCAACACGUUAUGGGUCGAUGAAUUCGCCACGAAACGGGGUAUACGCCUACCUAAAUAAAAACAUACAGUAUUGCAUAAAAAAAAAAAUAAAGGUCACUUUGAAAUUAUGGAAGUGCAUCCAUCUAGAUUUGUGGCCAUGAUAAGAUCUCCUCCCUUUCUCGAAACAGGAAUCACAGGUUUUAAACAUUAUUCAACCUUUAAAAUAUCUCCCACUGUCAUAGAAGAGAGACAAAAAUUUUGGAAUGAAUUAUUUCUUAAAUAUUCAGAAAGAGAAUCUGAUGAACCUGAGUUGGAUAUCUUUACAUUAAAACCAUGUCGAAAAAAAUUCUAUGAGAAGGAGAAAACAAAAGUAGAAACGAUAAAGCAGCCUAUGUGUAAACCAUUAAGUGUGGUACAAUAUUGGGUAAAUACAAGUUAUCUACCUUAUAAAGAACUUUAUGUAAAUAAAGACAAACAAUUGAAUAUUGAAUUGUCUUUGACAAGCGAAGAAUGUAUAAGUUCAUCGCAUCAUAAGUCUUCUAGUAGUUCUGUUGAUACUGCUGCUUAUAUUUUAUCAAAUAUGAACACAACUAAUAAAGUAGAAACAAUGGCUAUUGUAGAGGGAGCAAAAUAUAAUUCAAUAGGAAGUUUUCAAAAGAUACAGGAUAUCGAUAUAAUACAAAAUAAAAUAUGUGAAGAGAAUAACGGAAACAGUAAUGAAAAUAUAUUGGAGACUAAUGGUAGUGAUGAACAGCAAUAUUCUCCUAAGAUUUGUGAAAUGUCAAAUCACGUGUUAUUACAAAAGGAUAAGGAUGAGGAGGAAUAUACGACACAAGCACAAAGAAAUAUAUGUGCAGAUGUUGCUACAGAUAUGCUGUCAGGAACAAUUAAUAGACAUGAAAAGUUAAUACGUACAUUUCAUGAUAGUAUUAAUAGAAAUUCUUACAUUGAACAAAAUUUAUCAAAUACAAAAUCACCACAUGUCGACCAAACUUACUUGACAGAAGAAAGCUUUAAGUUCGAAGAUAGUCCCACAAAAAUAGGACAUCGGAAGAAAUUAUAUACUGGUAGAGAUUCACCUGUUGAUCUUAUUAGCAUGAAAAGUAAUAACAGAAGUUCAAUAUCUAAUUCAAAUAAAAAUUUACAUCCUGCAUUAGAGUUUGAAUGUACGUUAUCAAAAACAUUUAAAAUUAGUAAGAAAAGAAGAAUGAGUUGCUUUUCCACAUAUAAUAAACUAAUGAAUAAUAACCAAUUUAGUACUUCUAAUCAUAAGAAACGUAAAUGGAAGAAAAGUAUAUCAAAAUUCAAGACUAUAAAUGACAACAUUACAAAGAAUUCAGUGAUAGACCAACAUUUACUAAAAAGUGGCACUGAUAAAUAUGUAAAUAGAUCUCUAUCAGCUAAUGUAUUUAUAAAUAAACAAUCCGAAUUUAAUAAAUCCGUAAAUCGUUUACAAAAAAUAAAUACAAAAGAACAUAAGAAAUUAGAAGAAUUACAAAGUUUGAAUCCAGUAGUUUGUUUAACACGAUUAUCAAAAGAUGAUAUUGCAAAAUAUAAAAGAUCAAAGAAGAUAAUAAAAAGUAUUAACAAUUUAAGUACGAUUGAAUUAUCAGGACUUAGUAAUCAACGACGUAGACGAUUAAAUAAAAUGACAAAUAUGAAACACUUAGUUGUUCGUUUAUCACGUUUGUCAGAACACGAUAUUGAAAAAUAUAAGAGGCUAAGUAAUGUGGCAUUAAACCUAAAUUCAAAGGUUCGUUUAAAACAAUCAUCAGAGAUCGAAAUUCAAAAGUAUACAAAAUCUACUAACACUAUGAACAAUUUUAGAAAUUUAAAUCCAGUAGUUUUGUUAAAAAGACUGUCAAACUUUGAUAUUCAAAAAUAUAAAAGUGCCAAUAAUAAAAGUACAUUAGGUAGAAGAGAUUCAUUUUCAAAAUUCGCCCAAUUACAAAAUGGUGAUAAGAUUAAUAACCUUCCACAACUUGAUAAAUUAAUGCGUAUGACUUCUAUGUUACAUGCUGUUGCAGUAACCGAAGACACAGCUAGCGACCAAACUACUGUUUUGCUUUGUAAGUGUGAUAAUAUGUCACUCAGCGACUGUUCUACAGAUAAUUUAUCUAUAUUUUCAAAAAAUAGUUCUCAACCCCAUUCUAUUUCUGUAAAAACUCGUAAUAAUCAUAUGUCACAAAUAAAAGAAAAAUUUCAUGAAAAAGGAGAAGAAUUAAAUAGCGAAAUAUGUAAUAAAAAAGUAGGUAUGACAAAAACGCAUGUUAAAAAUAAAAUAGAAAGAGAAAAUGAUAAAAGUCAAUUAGAGCUUAGUAUCAAUAAAAGCAAUCUUAAGAAUAAGCGUGAUUCGAGAAAAAGACAAUUUACAAAGCUACAUAGUAAAGAUAAUUCCUUUGAGACUAAUUCGGAAACUUUAGAUAUAAAUAAAGAUGUACUUCUUGAAAGACGUAAUGAAUGUAUAAAUAAGAAUAAAAAGAAAUCACAUAUCUCAUUUUCCUCUGACGAAGAUAAUGAAUUUAUGAAACUUGUACAUUGUUCAGAAGAUAUGCAAAAAUUAAAACUAAGACAAUAUUAUAAAGUAUUGAAUGAAAAAUUCAAUAGUACAGUAGAUAAAUUAGAAGAAACAAGGAAUAGUAUAAUAAAAUUUACAGUUUCAAGUAUGAAUUCAACUAGUUUAUCAAAUAAGUUAUUUUCAGAUUCUAUAAUUAAAGAUGGUACGUUUAAAAAAAAACAAGAAAAUUUAAGCCCAAUGAAAAAUGAGAAGUGUUUGUAACAAUGUAAUUUAUUGGUGAAAGAAGAUCGUAAUCAAAAGUUACGUAAAACAGGAACUGAAAUUGAAAAUUUAAGUUAUUAUCCAAGAUGAGUGUUACGGAAAACAAAAGCAAGUCUUUAUGUCUUAAAACAAAAAUUUUUGAUCCUGAACCAUUGACCUAAUAAUUUAUUUUGAGAUGACAAAGAAUAACUUAAUAGAAAAUAAUUUAGUUAUUAUAUUAAAAAAAAAAUCUUUGGUAUAUAUAGCAAAAUGUAAUGCAUUUAACUCGUUGCAGCAAAUUAUGUGUGCAGAAGUAAAUGCUGGUGACGUAGAAUAAGAUUCAACUAAUAUGGAAUAGAUAUUAUAUACAGCAUAUUCUUGUUAUUUUUAGUGCGCAUUUUGUUCUUAAAUGACAAAUACGAAGAAAGGAUGACAGAAGAAAAACUUAUACAAUGUUUUAUAAGCGAUACAACAACGUAUAUUAAUUUUCUAUAUUUGCAAUGUUUAUAUAUGUUAUUGUAUUUUUUCUCUUUCAUCUUGUUCUGUCUCCGUUUACGAGAAAAAUGUCUAUACAUCUAUCUUAUAGUAAUAAUGUACAUAUCUACAUAUUCUGCCGCACAUUUCUUUCGUAGGCGACACUAAAUGCAGUUUCUCGUGACGACCAUAGUCGUCAUUUGCGGCAAUACGUUAACCGGUACUCUCAAAUAACGAUUCAAGUUUUUGAUAGAAAGUAGUAAUAUGGUUAAAUGUAAUAGGUUCCAAAGGUUAGAUAUCUAAGUAAAUGUGUAAAAAAUGUAGAAAAAUUGACAAGGAACUUAUUAUCGCUGCAACGAAAUGUAAAAAUAUAAAAAUUAAUAUAAGUAGCAUACUUAUAUAGAAAUUAACUCGAUCUGAAUUAAUUAAAAACAGGUAAUAUUGAAGUAUCUUUAUUUUAAAAUUGCUGGAUAAUAUUUCAGAAACUUGCAGGAGUAUUUAAGAAUUUUCGGGGCUUCUCAAACAUAAAGAACUAAAACAAGCUGCCUGAACUUAAACGACUUAGUAUGCAAAUGAUAUACAUAACAAAGGUUAAAAAAUAGGUUGGACGGAGGGUUAAAUGAAGAAUUUGUUUGAUUCUCUAUAUUGCAUGUUUUACAUACAUAUAAAGCACUAUUAUAUAUUUUUUGCUCUUGUAUAUAUAUUUUGAUUAAUUUCUUAUUUUCAAUUAUUAAUUUAUUGUUUGCAAUUAAUCAAUGUUUCGUUCCUAUGAUACUUUAUAACAACUUAUAUUAAAAUAUAACAAUAAACUGUUUUUUUAUACAUGUUCUGUUCCAGAUCCAAAGUUAUUACAUAGUUUUAUUAUUAUUAUUUGUUUGAGUAUAGUUUGCUAAGCAUCCUGUUUCUUGUACAUAUGUUCCCUAUAAUCAAAAUUUGCAGAAAGUCUUUCCAAUUUUUUUCUUUUCCAUACAGUUCAAAGAUGUUUACAUUUCAGUGUUUUCAACUUUUCCAUAUUACGUCUUCAUUUGCAUUGCUUAUCUUAUAUAUAUUCUGUUAGCAAAAGAUUGUCCUCAAACAGCAACAGUUCCAUUUGUUUGAUUACUUUUUGGUAUC